UAAUGAAGAUAAAUAUUUAAAACAAUGGUUUCAACUUUAUGUUAUGUUUUACUACCAGUUGUUUUUAUAAUUGGUUUUCUUCGAAAAUGUCGGGAAUAUUCAUGGGGAAGAUACAAAAGUAAGGAUGAUGAAAACUUGAGUGAUCGAAUUUUUAUUGUCACCGGUGCCAAUUCGGGAAUUGGUAAAGAAACGACAAAAGAAUUGGCAAAACGAAAAGCAAAAGUGAUUAUGGCAUGUAGAAAUUUAGAAAAUGCUAGAAAAGCUAUUACUGAGAUACGCACACAAAUACAUUCAGGAGAAUUGAUUCCAAUGGAAUUAGAUCUCAGUUCUCUGCAAUCAAUUCAUAAUUUUGCUUCUCAAGUUAUGAAUGACUUUCCAAAAAUUCAUGUUUUAAUUAAUAACGCUGGUGUUUAUGUGCCAUUAAAAGAACAUGCUUUCACAGAAAAUGGUUUUGAAAUUCAUUUUGGUAUUAAUCACUUAGGUCACUUUUUAUUGACUUAUUUAUUAUUGGAAAAAUUGAAAGAAAGCGCUCCUAGCAGAAUUGUAAUAGUUACUUCAAAACUGCUAGAAUCCGGUACAAUUGAUUUUGACAAUUUAAAUGGAGAAAAAGGAUUAGCAACUGAAGGACGAAUGAAUCCAAGUUAUUGUAAUUCAAAAUUAGCAAAUGUCUAUUUUGCAAUUGAAUUGGCAAAAAGAAUGAAAGAUAAUGGAGUUUCCGUUUAUAGUGUUUGUCCUGGCUUUACUUAUACUGGAUUAUUUAGACACGUUAAACGAAGUUGGCUUCACUACAUUAUAUUUUCACCUAUUGCAUUAUUGUAUCUACGAACUGCGAAUCAAGGAGCCCAAACAAUUUUACAUUGCGCAUUAAGUUCUACAGUGGAAAAUGAAAGUGGAAAUAUGUACAGAGACUGUAAUUUAUACAAUCCAAAAAAAAAUUUUGAUUCAGAUGUUGCAGUUAAACUUUGGGAUGUAAGUGCUAAACUUACAAAAAUUUCUACUGAGAAUGCACAUUAAAUUUUGAUUUUAAUUCAAAAUCAAUGAUUACAAAGACUAGAGACUUUAUAAUGUUCAUUAAAUUUUAAUGGAACAAAAGUUGUAGAUAUACGUACAAACUUAAUUUUAAUGAAUUUAUUAUUUGUGUGAUAUCAAAGUACUGUAAUUUAGAUGAUUAUGUAAUUUUUCUAAUGAAUUCUUUAUGCACUUUUAAAGUGCAAAAAAAAAAUUUUAUCAAAUAACUUCAUGUCUUUUAUAGAAUUUAUUCUCAUUAAGUGUAGAAUAUGUUUUAUAUUUACAAUCAUGUCAUACAAGUUUGAUUUAAGUACAGGCAUUUUUUCCUUUCAAAAAAAAAAAAAGAAAUGUAAGUUUUCAAUAUGUAUAAACAGGAAAAUUUUCCUUCCUCAAUAUGUUUUUAAUUUUGUCUAAAUUUUAUAAAUAGGAAAUAUUUUUUUUUAUAUAUUUCAAUUUCAAAGACUAAAUUUCAUUUAAAUAAUCACUUUUCAAGUAAAUUUAUUCUUUCUUUUCAUUUAAAAAUAGAUUCUUUUUCUGAUCUAUUAAAAAUCUUUAAACGAAGAGAUAACAAAUCAAUUAUUAAAAUAUCAACAAUACUUAAUUCACGAAAUAAGUUAAUAUUCUAUUUACUAAUUUGUUCUGUACAUAAUUUUUUUUUUUUUAAAUAUUUAAUAUUGAAAUACUUAAUAUCACGAUAUAAUUACGAGUCUUGAUAUAAUUUGAAUAAAAAACAUAAUAGGUACGACGUAAUUUACAAAUUUUUUUUCCACCGUUUCAAGCAAUUGAGCAUAAUUUUUUUUU